AUGCAGAGACGUCUGCACCGCGGUGAAAUAGUCAGCCGUGGCCCACCGAAGAUCCUCGAUGUUGGACACGGCACAGGCUUCUGGCUUGCUGAUAUGAAGAACCUGUAUCCGAACAGCGAGUUGACUGGAUUCGACUUGGCGUCUGUGGUUCCCAACCAGCCAACGUUGAGACGAGGCAUACGACACUUGAUGGUCGACUUCGAGCAGCCACAUUGGCCCGUGAACGAAGGCUCAAUGGACUUGAUCCAUAUGUCAAAUUUGUGCGGCAGCGUGUCCGACUGGGCCAGUCUUUGUGCUACAGCAUACAGAUAUCUAACGCCAGGAACCGGCAAGCUCGAGCUGGUCGAGUUUGACUGGGAGCCACUAUGUGAUGAUAAUACUUUACCUCUGAGUGCACCGCUUCAUCUAUGGUGGCAAACCAUGAAGCAAGCCAGCGCAUAUAACGGCAGGCCGAUAGAAUAUCCACACCACCUUACCCGUCACCUUGAGCAGAUGGGCUACGAGAUCGAGCACAACGAGAACAUACGCAUACAGUCGUAUGAGGAUUACCGUGAUGGGGACGGGUUGGCGUCGAGAAUCGCCCGGAGGUAUAUGCUGGCGAUGGGUCGAUCGCCUGAUGAAGCAGGGCGACCAUUUCGCUCCUUUAGCGGCAUGAGUAUGGAGCUCUUCACGUCUGUCGCUCAGUGGACUCCGGAGCAAGUUGAGCAGCUUCAGGAGGAUCUGUACACUCCUAUCCAGAUGUCCUCUGUACAUCUUUAUCAUCGACUGUAA